CCCGUCCUUCCACCCCUGUGUGUGACAAGCCAGAGUUGGUGGGGCUGGACAGUGACCCGGAGGUCAAGGUCACGUGUCGGACAGACAGGGUUUUCCCGGAAGCUGGGUGCGACAUAUAUGUGUGGAAAGACCAACGCACCACUUUCAAAGUAGAAGAACCGGUCAGUUACGAACACCAUUCCUCUGGCUCUGACCCUACCUACUACUCUACCUCCUGCACCAUAUCCAAAUCAGUGACUAGCCUGGGUCCCGGUUCCUACCAUUUUCGCGUACUAAUGUACCCGGGCGUGACCUCAGAGGGGGAUCACACAGUGCAGAGCUCAGACACAGAAACUGUCAAUAUGACAAACCCCCGCGCUGUGCUGGGGCCGGACUGUGCCCAAAACGGAGGUUACGUCAUGUCCGGGUCUCCAGCCACCUGCAUCUGUCUGCGCUAUGACGCAGGCUACCUGCCCGGAACAGUGGGAUGGCGCACCUCACAAGGCGCAGACACAGGGGACGUGUCUCAAUCUGGAGAUGACACCGUUCUUACGGUGACCACUGACGACGUAGGAUCUGUUUUUACGUGUCGUGUUCAAAGUCCAAAUGGUUCCAGCCCCGAUGUACAGUUCGCGCCAAAACUAGCCUAUGGCCCAACCACGGUUCGAACUGAAAUGAUAUCUGGACACUCCAACCCCAUAAACCUCUGCACCGGAAGUAACGUCACUCUUCGCAUACGGUGUUCCACCUCUAAAUCUGACAUGGCGCCUGAGCCUUUGUUCAGUGUCAAGGUCAAUGGUGACAACUUUGCACAAGGUCAAAGGGCAUCCAUACUCCAAAUUGAUGACCUAUAUCUUUAUGAACUGGACAUCUCCGUGACCUCUGGUGGGCAGUUAGAGGUCACGUGCAUAGCAGAGAAUCUGUACUUUCCUGUGCUGAGGGCGACAAGUGCAUUGUCGGUGACUGUGCUUGAGCCUCCUGAAUACCCGCCCCUUGCAAAGGUUGACGGGUAUUUCGCUGUUCAAGACGAGGUUAUUCCCAUCAGUCGUACACAGGAGAUCUUUGAGUUCGACUGCCAAGUGGAGGGAGGUGAACCCGCCGUUACCAUGGUGACAGCUGCCUGUGGUUCAAGGUCGGAAAGUGAGCAAGGUCAAAAGGUGAUCUUUCGUCUGGACACCUCCCAGGAACCGGACAUCGUGAGGUGUAACUGCACGGGCGAGCAUCCUAGCAGCUGUUACCACCAAGUGGUGCGUUUCACGCUGAACUUUACUG